AUGCUGCUGAUAGCAAUAGUUGUGUUUCUCCUCACAGCCGGGUUUCUCUUCCAUUGGACACAACGGGAGCGACGAGCGGCAGUCGCCAAUCUGCCGGGUCCUUUCAGUUGGCCAGUAUUUGGAGCACUGCAGCUGAUGCUCAAACUAAAUCCAAAGAGUUUUAUAGAGGUAUCGGCGAAGCAGGUUGAUAAAGUAGGUGAAUUGCAGCGCGUUUGGGUUUUCAAUCGCCUGCUGAUUUUGACUUGCGAUGUGGAGUUCAAUGAGCAACUAUUAUCCAGUCAGGAGCAUUUGGUGAAGCAUCCGGUUUACAAGGUGCUGGGACAAUGGCUAGGCAAUGGACUCCUCUUGAGUGAUGGCAAACUUUGGCAUCAACGGCGUAAGAUCAUAACGCCCACAUUUCAUUUCUCGAUAUUGGAACAAUUUGUCGAGGUCUUCGAUCAGCAAUCAAAUAUCUGCAUACAACGGCUGGAGCAGAUGGCAGAUGGCAAGACUACCUUUGAUGUGUAUCCCUUCAUCUGUUUGGCUGCAUUGGAUAUCAUAGCGGAGACUGCAAUGGGCACCAAAGUGAAUGCCCAAAUGGCUGAAAGCACGCCCUAUGCGAAUGCUGUCAAUGAAUGCACUGCUCUUUUUGCCUGGCGCUUUAUGUCCGUUUAUCUGCAGAGUGAGUUUCUUUUCACUUUGACCCGUCCUCAUUUGAAAUGGCGUCAAACAAAACUCAUUCGUACCAUGCACGAAUUCACCAUCAAGGUGAUCGAACAGCGUCGGAAGACACUGGAGGAGGAGCAGCUGAAGAAGGCGGAGCAGUUGAACAAAAAGACUGAGGAUGAUGUGGGCAGAAAACGCCGCAUGGCUCUUUUGGAUGUGCUGUUGCAGGCCAGCGUUGAUGGGCGUCCCUUGAGGAACGAGGAGAUCCGGGAGGAGGUGGAUACAUUUAUGUUUGAGGGGCAUGAUACGACAGCCAGUGCAAUUUCCUUUUGUCUCUGGGAGAUCUCACGACAUGCCAAGGUGCAGGAAAAAAUGCUAGAAGAAAUUCUUCAGGUGCUGGGCACAGAUCACAGUCGGCCUAUCACCAUACGGGAUCUGGCCGAGCUGAAGUACGUGGAGUGCGUCAUCAAGGAAUCGCUUCGAAUGCAUCCGCCUGUUCCCCUCGUUGGACGCAAGCUGCAAACAGACUUUAAGUACACUCAUUCCAAGGUGGGUAAUGGUGUCAUUCCCGCUGGCACAGAAAUCCUUAUGGCCAUUAUAGGCCAGCAAAAUUGGAAAGCAAAUUUUGAAGAUCCGUGGAGCUUCAAACCGGAGCGCCAUGAGAGCGGAGAACGUAGCACCAACUUUGCCUAUGUGCCCUUCAGUGCGGGACCAAGGAACUGCAUUGGCCAGAAGUUUGCCCUGCUGGAGAUGAAGAUGAUGCUGGCGAAGAUUGUCCGAGCCUACGAACUAUUGCCUCUAGGGGAAAAAUUCUACCAUGUGAUAAACAUUGUCCUUCGCUCGGAUACGGGCAUCCAGUUGGGCAUGCGCAAGCGGAUGAGUUCUAUAGCUGCCACAUAAUAAAAAGAAUUACUUUGUAAAGUA